AAAUAUUUUACCUACGUAGAGGAUUCCAAAAACACUGACUUUCCUAACUCACCGCCUCGCGUAUCCGACCUUAAAACUUAUGAUGAUGGGACAAUUCUCAUCCGCACUGUCCGGAUAAACCCUGACAUCGAUUGUGCAGAUUCAUCUAUUUACUUAAACGAAUCGUGCACCUGCUUAGAGAAAUUACUAUCUUUUAGAAUUAUCGAUUUAGACGGUGCAGUCAAAGAGAUUAAUAUCAAUAAUACGAAUUUAGGGCUGGAUCCCGUAAAUUUUUGUCUAUUCACAAACGACAAAAAUCCAAUUACCAUAUUUCCCUUGGAUAGUCCAUUUAUCCUGGUAAAUUAUGUGAAUAUAACGAAUUCCUCUGGUUUCAACACUUUUGAGGAUUGGGGAAUGGUAAUAGACUGGUCCGGUCAUAAAUAUAGGUAG